GAGUCAAACGCGCGCGCACAUAAUGGAAGUAACAAUCACAACACGCCAGGAUGACUUGGUUCUUUUCGUAAAUGGCAAAAAGAUAAUUGAGAAAAAUGCCGAGCCAGAGAUGACGCUGCUGACUUUCCUCAGGAGCAAAUUGGGUUUAACAGGGACAAAGCUGGGCUGUGCUGAGGGCGGAUGUGGUGCAUGCACAAUGAUGGUGUCCAAGUUUCACCCUCAUCAAAACCAAAUUGUUCACCAUGCCGUUAACGCUUGCUUGGCCCCCCUAUGCUCGCUGCAUCACUGUGCAGUCACUACAGUUGAGGGCAUUGGAAGUGUAGCCAGAAAACUUCAUCCUGUUCAGGAAAGGAUCGCUAAGGCACAUGGUUCACAGUGUGGCUUCUGCACUCCAGGUAUUGUCAUGUCCAUGUACGCACUUCUAAGAAACAACUCUCAGCCUACAAUGGAUGAGAUCACAGAGGCCUUUCAAGGGAAUCUGUGUCGUUGCACGGGCUAUAGACCUAUACUUGAGGGCUACAAGACCUUUACUACGCAGCAAGCAGGAUGCUGUGGGGGUCAAGGGAAAGCCAACAACUGCUGUAUGACCAGUAAGCAUAAAAAGGACCAUGUCAAUGAGGAUUCAACUCCAGUUCAACAGUUAUUUGAUCCAUCAGAAUUUAUGCCACUGGACCCAACACAAGAGAUUAUUUUCCCUCCAGAACUGAUGAGUCUUGCUAAAAAUCCACUAAAGGAGUUAAGAUUCAAUGGAGAGAGAGUGUUAUGGGUUCAGCCAAGCUCACUAACAGAACUCCUUGAGCUUAAGGCUAUGUAUCCAGAUGCCAAGCUGGUUGUGGGAAACACUGAAGUUGGUAUCGAAAUGAAAUUCAAGAAUCUCCUAUACCCUGUCAUCUUGGCACCAGCCUACAUCCAGGAGCUCAACAGUAUCCAGUACACCACGACUGGGAUUGAGUUUGGAGCAUGUGUGACAUUAUCUGUACUGGGAAAGGUGUUGCGUGAGACGGUAGACAAGCUCCCCACAUACCAAACUGAGGUUUUUCAGGCCGUACUGGAGCAGCUGCGCUGGUUCGCAGGACAGCAAAUUCGAAACGUUGCGGCUAUUGGCGGAAACAUUAUGACAGCAAGUCCAAUCUCAGACCUUAACCCUGUGUUUAUGGCAGCGAACUCCAAGCUAACUUUGAUGUCCAAAGAGGGAAAACGUGUUUUUACAAUGGACGAUAAGUUCUUUACUGGCUACAGGAAAACUGCAUUAAAACCGGAGGAGAUCCUGUUGUCCAUUGAGAUCCCAUACACAAAAAAGGGCCAGUUUUUCUCAGCCUUUAAGCAGUCGCCUCGCAAAGAGGACGAUAUCGCCACCGUCACCUGUGCAAUGAACGUGCUGUUUGAGGAAGGUUCCAACGUAGUGCAAGACAUUCGGCUUAGUUAUGGAGGAAUGGCCCCCACUACUGUUCUUGCAACAACUACAUGCAAGCAACUUAUUGGCAGGCGGUGGGACGAGGACAUGAUGCAUGACGCCUGCUCACUCUUGGCUACAGAGAUGACUCUUUCUCCCUCUGCACCAGGUGGGAUGGUGACAUACAGACGCACACUGACCAUCAGCCUGUUCUUCAAAUUCUACCUCACUGUGCAACACAAACUGGCUCAAGAGUAUCUUUCUGUUGAGGCAGUCAGACCGGAUUAUACCAGUGCUAUCGAGCUCUUUCACCUAGACUCACCAUCCAGUGUUCAGCUUUAUCAGGAAGUCCGUCCUGGUCAGACCACAAGUGAUGUCGUAGGUCGUCCUGUCAUGCAUCUGUCUGCACUAAAGCAGGCCACAGGAGAGGCAAUGUACUGUGAUGAUAUUCCUCACUAUAAGAAUGAGCUCCAUUUGGCUCUAGUCACCAGCACCAAAGCUCACGCAUAUAUAAAAUCUAUUGAUAUUGCCGAUGCCAUGGCAGUUCCAGGAGUGGUAACGUUUGUCUCAGCCACAGAUAUCCCUGGGAGCAAUGAGACUGGACCUGUUCUCUAUGACGAAACUGUCUUUGCUGAAAAAAAGGUCACAUGUGUGGGUCACAUAGUAGGAGCGGUUGUCGCAGACACACAAGCCCAUGCGCAGAGGGCAGCCAAAGCUGUGAAAAUUAAUUAUGAGGAACUGCAGCCUGUGAUCGUCACCAUUCAGGACGCCAUUGCCAGUCAGUCAUUCUACCGGCCAGUGAGAACUAUACAGAGAGGAGAUUUGGCAAAGGGCUUUCAAGAGUCUGAUAACAUCCUAGAAGGUGAAAUUCACAUAGGGGGGCAGGAACACUUUUACUUGGAGACAAACUGCACACUGGCUGUUCCUAGAGGAGAAGACGGAGAGAUGGAGCUAUUUGUGUCCACACAGGCAGCCAGCAAGACACAGGUACUUGUUGCCAAAGCAUUGGGAGUGCCAGCAAGUCGCAUAGUGUGCCGAGUCAAGAGAAUGGGAGGAGGAUUCGGUGGAAAAGAGAGCAGGAGUACUGUUCUCUCAACAGUUGUGGCUGUUGCUGCUAAUAAAGUGAACAGACCAGUCCGCUGCAUGUUGGACCGUGAUGAGGACAUGUUAGUCACAGGAGGUCGACACCCAUUCUAUGGAAAAUACAAGGUUGGAUUCAAGCAAAAUGGAAAAGUGAUGGCUCUGGAUGUAACGUACUAUAGCAAUGCAGGAAAUUCCUUGGACCUUUCUCUGUCAAUUAUGGAACGAGCGCUCUUUCAUAUGGACAACUGUUACAACAUCCCUCAUGUUCGUGGGACGGGCUACAUAUGUAAAACCAACCUUCCCUCCAACACUGCAUUCCGAGGCUUCGGCGGGCCACAGGGAAUGAUGGUAGCCGAGAGCUGGAUCAGUGACCUGGCUCUGUCUUGUGGCCUCCCAGCCGAAGAGGUGAGAAUGAUAAAUCUGUACAAGCAAGGAGAAAACACCCCGUUUAAUCAGUGUCUGGAGCAGUUUACCGUAGGUCGGUGCUGGCAGGAGUGCAUGCGCAUUUCUGACUUUCAUAAGCGCGAGACUGAAAUGGAGAAAUACAACAAACAGCAUCGCUGGACCAAGAGAGGACUGUCCAUCAUUCCCACCAAGUUUGGGAUCAGCUUUACUGCAGUCUUCCUCAACCAGGCAGGAGCACUGGUUCAUGUCUACACGGAUGGUUCAGUCCUACUCACACACGGUGGAACAGAGAUGGGGCAAGGUCUACACACUAAAAUGGUCCAGGUUGCGAGCAGAACUUUGGGAAUUCCACAUACAAAGAUCCACAUCUGUGAGACCAGCACUAAUACAGUCCCAAACACCAGCCCUACUGCUGCAUCUGCAUCGUCAGACCUUAACGGCAUGGCUGUUUUCAAUGCAUGCCAGACUUUGCUGCAAAGACUGGAACCAUACAAAUCCAAGGAUCCGAAGGGCAGCUGGGAGGACUGGGUGAAAGCAGCUUACUUUGACAGAGUGAAUUUAUCAGCCAAUGGGUUUUAUAAGACCCCUGAUAUUGGAUAUGACUUUGAAUCAAAUUCAGGACGUGUAUUUAACUACUUCACAUAUGGUGUAGCUGUUUCAGAGGUGGAGAUUGACUGUCUUACUGGCAGUCACAAGAACCUGCAUACGUCUAUUGUCAUGGAUGUGGGCAAAAGUCUGAACCCAGCACUGGACAUUGGCCAGGUGGAGGGUGCAUUCAUGCAGGGUGUGGGACUUUUUACGCUAGAAGAGCUGCGCUACUCUCCACAAGGGUACCUUUAUACUCGUGGGCCUGGAAUGUAUAAGAUUCCUGCUUUUGGAGACAUUCCUACUGAACUGAAGGUCUCGUUGCUGAGGGACGCUCCCAACGAAAGAGCGAUAUUCUCCUCCAAGGCUGUAGGAGAGCCUCCUCUCUUUCUGGCUGCCUCAGUCUUUUAUGCCAUCAAAGAUGCCAUUACAGCUGCCAGGGCUGAAUCUGGCCUUACAAAACCCUUCAGACUUGACAGUCCCGCCACACCUGAGAGAAUACGUAACGCCUGCGAGGACAAAUUCACCAAACUGUGUCCUCCACCAGAGCUGGGAACUUACACACCGUGGGAUGUGAGGGUUUAAAACACAAAGGGCCCGACUUAUAGGACAUACUCUAACAAUUUAGCAUUUAAUAGCACUUACUGCUUUAAUCUUUAUUCACAAAACUUGGCACAUUAUUGUUUAAAUGCUUUUAAACAAGUGCACAAUAUGUCAUUUGUGGCAUUUUUACUGAAUAAUUAAUGUCUGAAUUGACUUUGGUAAGACAUUGCAAUAUUUAAUAGGUUUAAUAGUAUCAAAUCAGUGUAUAAAUACUGUUAAUAUUUCUGUAAUAUUAAUUACUUAAGAUCACAAUGAUGUGUAAAUGACUGUUUUGACAAUCAAUUUAAUUUUAACAGGCAAAUAUAAUGUAAACACAAUCAUGCUUUCAUUAUAAAUAAUUACAAAUAAUUUUUGUACUAUGUACAGAGCCAUUGCUAAUGAAAUAUACAUAUAUAUGUGUUUAAAAUAAGACACUAAAUAUAGACUAAACUAAGUGUGUCUGUUGUUUGCAGUGCCUUGUAUUUUUCUGCCUUACACCCUGAUCAGUGUGAAGUGGUUGGUUAACAAUGAAUUAAAAACAGGCAGCUUAAAUAGAA